CUAAAUCCAAUCAUACAAUAAAGAAGUAUUGACAGAUGAAUGUUUGGAAGGAAGUGUUUUUGGCUGGAACAGACUGGGACCAGUUUGGAGAAGUUGCAAAGAUUGAUUGGGACUUUGGCCACUUAGAUGAAGCUCUCGAGGAAGGUGAUCUGUCGUCAGGGAAGGUUUAUCUGUUUGGCUGUACUGAGCCUCAGCUUAUCAAAGUUCACCAAAAGGAAACAGUUGUUCCUAUUCCGGCUAUCGUUGCCAUCCAAAGCAAGAAACCGCCUCCAUCCUUCGUAGGUAUCAAGUCAGUCCAACGUGUCGAAGAAGAAAUAGUCCCAAUGGAACGAAUGAAAAUGGGUUGGUAUCCUUUCAUUCCUAGUAAUAUUCUGAAGAGUCCUGAGAAGUUUAAACCGCGAAUAUAUGUCCUCAAAUGUGAACAAAGAAGAGCAGGACUUCGUAACUUGAGUCAAGAUUCGUUGAAGAAAUAUGAAUAUGUCUUACCGUAUAUUGUGAAUCCAGAUAAACAAGAGGACGACACAGAUUUAGAAACAACUGUAAACGUAGUCGCCGAAGUUCCAGGUCGUAACCAACCUCUUGUAUUUGAAUAUGACUGGGAACUAGACGACUUGGAAGAAUUUGUUUCGGAAAAACUUAAAGAAGAGGAGCUUCCUGAAAGUGUUGCAAUGUCUCUUAAGGAGAGUAUCCUUUCUGAAGUCAAGAGCACUAAAAGGAAGAAGAGAGAAGAGAAUGAGAGAAAGAGAAAAGUACUGGAUAAUCUAUCCGAAGAAGAUAAAGAUUCUUUAAGAAGCCAACGUGUCAUUAAGUUUUACCCUCAAGGCAAUGAGCCAGAUAUCAGUACCUGCAAGACUUCGUUUAUUAAUCGUUACUACGGACAUGCUCAAGAAGUUCGAUGAGUAGUUUGUCCUCAGAUAAUUCCUAAAUGAGUGUGUUCCUUGGAAAGAGGAUUAGGAGUAGAACAAGCCAUUGUAACCUACUGGGAAAGAUAAACACGUUUUUUGUAAAAUUCUAUUUCACGAAAAAUAUUUCAUA